UCUUCUGUUAUUGAUCAACUGAAAAGCGCAGAGAGAGAGAGAGAGAGAGAGAGACGAGACGAGAGAUUGUGGAGGACUUGAUUGAGAAAUCGGCCUCGUUCUUCGGAGACUAAUCAAUCUCUCUCUUUCUGUUCAUCGGAAUCUUUUGAUAUCUUGCUUUUAUAGUUGGAUUGCAAAAAGGGAAGAAAGAUGGGGAAUAUGUUCGUGAAGAAACCACAGAUCACGGACGUUGAUCGAGCCAUUCUCUCUCUCAAAACCCAGAGACGCAAGCUCGGCCAAUACCAGCAGCAGCUUGAGAAAGUAAUAGAAGCUGAGAAGCAAGCUGCAAGAGACUUAAUCCGAGAAAAUAGAAAGGAGAGGGCUUUGUUAGCACUGAGGAAGAAACGGACGCAAGAAGACUUGUUGAAGCAAGUUGAUCAAUGGGUCAUCAAUGUUGAACAGCAAUUGGCAGAUAUUGAACUUACGAGCAAGCAAAAGGCCGUGUUUGAGAGCUUAAAGCAGGGUAGCAGUGCUAUUAAAGCCAUUCAAAGCGAAGUGGAUCUUGAUGAUGUUCAAAAGCUUAUGGAUGAUACCGCUGAUGCUAAAGCCUAUCAAGAUGAGUUGAAUGCUAUUUUGGGAGAGAAACUAUCAGCAGAGGAUGAAGAAGAGAUAUUAGCAGAAUUUGACAACCUAGAAAGUCAGCUUGCUGUUGAUGAGAUGCCUGAUGUGCCUACAACGGAGCCCCAAGAAUCUGAGAAGAUAGAUCUUCCAGAUGUGCCAACGAGAAAACCCAUCGCUUCCAAUGCUGAAAUCACACCAGCUGAAUCAGCCACAAAGAGAAAAGUUCUCGAAGAACCUUUGCCAGCUUGAGCUAGAAGAAACUAGUCAACAAAACGAGAUUAUAUCAUUCUUUUAGCACUUCUCUUUUAAUGCUCUUGAAGUUUUACUGUACAAUCUUUAAGUCUCUUGUUGUAAAGAACAAAGAUUUGUGGGAUCCCACUGUGUGAAAGGAUUCAAAUUUCAAUACUGAAAGAAAAUCCAGAUUAUGAUAAA